AUGAAUCCGAGUUGGACGCGUUUUAUGAGGAGCUGGAGGAAGAGGUCCGAGAAGUCCUUCUACAAAUUCGUUGUCGGCGACUUCAAAGCAAAACUAGGAAAGCCUACAGAAGAGGAAGAGUACUACGAGCCUGUGCUGAGCGUGCCUCAAAGCCGCGCACGACAAACUUGGAUCGAAUUUCGAAGACCACCAAGGAAUUGUUGGAAAGAAGGGCUUCGAGGCUUUAUCCGAAUGCAUCGCACAUUGAGCGGUUUGUAG